CCCUCAUCAAUCCACGCUAAGUCGCUUGGAGACAGACUGCUGCCCACGUGCUUCAUUCUGUUAUGGUGAUUGCUGAUAAGCUUAAGAUUAUGCAGCCCACCAGACUAGCCCAAGGUGGUUAGCAGCUAAUUUGCAGGAGCAGGAUAAGUAUAUAAGGUGUUCCUUGAGGGGAGAAGAGCAAAAAAAAAGAGAAAAAGAGAAGAAAAAAUGGCUACUCUGUCUCUCUUUCUGCUCCUUGCUGGAGCCUCGGCUGCUCCUCACUCGGCUGCUGCCCAGUCCUGCAACAGCGUCGCCGAUGGAUACACCUGCUUCCCCUCCAUUGCGCGCAACUGGGGGGAAUACGCGCCCUUCUUCUCGCUGGCGGCGGAGUCGACGAUCUCGCCGGCGAUCCCCGAGUCGUGCGACAUCACGUUUGUGCAGGCGUUGACCCGUCACGGCGCGCGGUACCCGACCUCGUCGAAGAACACCAAGUACAAGGCGUUGAUCGAGGAGAUCCAGAGCAACGCGACCUCGUUCACGGGCGAGUACGCGUUCCUCCAGACGUACAACUACUCGCUCUCGUCGGACGUGCUCACCCCCUUUGGCGAGCUGGAGAUGUACCAGGCCGGGAUCAAGUUCUACACCCGGUACGAGUCGCUGGCCAGGGACCAUGUGCCGUUUGUGCGCUCGUCGAGCUCGGAGCGGGUGAUCGAGUCGAGCGAGCAGUUCAACGCCGGCUUCCAGGCCACCAAGGAGGCCGACCGCAAGGCCAACAGGAAGCAGACGGCGCCGACGAUCAACGUCGUGCUGGAGGAGACGACGGGCUUCAACAACUCGCUCGACCCCAGCACCUGCACCAACUUUGAGAACAGCGAGACGGGCGACGACGCCACCGACACCUGGGCCGCCGUGUUUGUGCCCCCCAUCCUGGCGCGCGUCGAGAAGAACCUGCCCGGCAUGAGCUUUUCCACCACGGACAUCAUCUACCUGAUGGACAUGUGCAGCUUCGACACCGUCGCCCGCACCGCCGACGCCAGCGAGCUGUCUCCCUUUUGCGCCCUGUUCUCCGAGGCCGAGUGGGUGCAGUACAACUACUACCAGACCCUGGGCAAGUACUAUGGAUACGGCGGGGGGAACGUCCUCGGGGCCGCCCAGGGCGUCGGCUUCACCAACGAGGUCAUCGCCCGCCUCACCCAGAAGGCUGUUCAGGACGACACGUCUACCAACCACACCCUGGACGCCAGCUCGGCCACUUUCCCCCUGGACGCGGUGCUGUAUGCCGACUUCUCCCACGACGACGGGCUCGAGCCCAUCUUCUUCGCCAUGGGGCUGUAUAACAGCACGGCGCCGCUGUCCAACACCUCGGUGGAAUCCGUCGACCAGACCAACGGAUACUCGGCCGCCUGGUCUGUCCCGUACUCUGCCCGGGCGUACAUCGAGAUGAUGACCUGCCAGAACCACAAGCAGCCUCUGGUCCGCGUGCUGAUCAACGACCGCGUCAUCCCCCUGCAUGGCUGUGCCGUCGACUCGCUGGGGAGAUGCACCAGGGACGACUUUGUCCAGGGGCUGAGCUUUGCCCGCCAGGGAGGCAACUGGGCUGCUUGUUUUACUUAGUUAUAGUAUUAUAGUCAGUAUUAUAGUAUCCUAGUAAUAGCAUUGUAGUAUACCAAUAUAAUUUCAACCACAC